AGGAAAUCUUCGCACUACCACCACAAAUGUAGAUUGUGAGCACGCUAUAAUAUCUAGCGUUUCCCAUUAAUUGGCCCACCAAUUUCCUCUAUUUCAAAUGUUUCAAGCAUUUAAACAUAGAAAAUCCAGAUCAAAUCAAUGAAUCAAGCGACUUUAAUAUCAACCAAAGAGACAGAUAUCAUCUAAACCUUAGGAAAGCAAAUAAAAAUCUUCUGCAAAUUACAGCACCAAUAUCCAGUUUUGGGCUAGGAAAAUGGUUGCUGCAUUUACUUCCAUCAGCCCACACCCAUCAUUUUCGUCUCUAUAUCACAAGUUUCACCCUUCUCUUCUAGCCUAUAGUUUGAACUCAAGCAUUGAAUCUACUAACUUAUCCAACAGAGGGAGAAACUCAAGCACCUAUGGACCCUUGAGAAUUCAAAAUGCAGCAACCAAGCCGGCAAAGUCGCCAGCUGAAGAAGACUGGAAGACAAAACGGCAAGUUCUGCUGGAGAAAAAGGUAAGAAGUGUUGAUGUAAAGGAAGCAUUGCGACUUCAAAAAGAAAAUAACUUCGUCAUUCUUGAUGUACGUCCAGAGGCAGAGUUCAAGGAGGCUCAUCCAGCAGGUGCUAUUAAUGUGCAAAUAUACAGGCUUAUAAAGGAAUGGACAGCGUGGGACAUUGCUAGGAGGGCUGCAUUUGCGUUCUUUGGCAUCUUCCAAGGAACAGAAGAGAACCCUGAGUUUAUACAAAGUAAGAUAUGUAGGAUGUUGUAUUCCUCUACCCUGGUUCCACUAAAUCUCUCUCUCUGUCUUGGUUCUUGUUCUUGUUCUUUUUCUUGCCAACCACAAAAUCAUUUACUAAGUCGACAACUUGCACAAUCAGGUGUAGAGUCAAAACUAGAUAAGGAUGCUAAGAUUAUAGUAGCUUGUUCAGCUGGAGGAACAACAAGGCCAACACAAAAUCUUCCAGAAGGACAGCAGUCGAGGUCAUUUAUAGCUGCUUACUUGUUGGUGCUCAAUGGCUAUAAGAAUGUUUAUCACUUGGAUGGAGGAAUCUACCAGUGGUUUAAAGAAGGCCUGCCAUCAGAAUCUGAAGAGUGAAGUUCAGUUGUAGAGAUGCUUUUGGAUAACAUCAAGGUAGAUUUAAUGAACAGUACACUGUCUCCUUAACAGAACUGCAAUGUAAAUGGUUUCAGAAAUCAAUUGCCUGCAAGUCCUCAACUUUUUUAUUUUCUAAAA